CUCAUAUUCGAUAGUCUGCUUAGGGCAUGCAACAUGUACAGGCCCAAAAUGUCCAGCUUGAACAACGGUACAAGCUGAUCGCCCGAGGUUUGCAAGGAUUUGUGAAAAAGCGCCGUCCAUACUCUCGAAUAACUACCUACCUAGCUGGCCGGCGUCCUGUCCAAGCUCGACCCAUUCAUCAACGGAGAAAUGGAUACCCCCAACACACCAACACGGCCUCACUACCAACUAGGCGGGCUGUCCUCCUUUAUUCCUUUGAACGACGAGUCUCCCGGCGCGGUGUCGACUAGGGGUCAGCGUCUCCCAGGCCUGAUUCAGAACCGCUCGAGCACGUCGCUGUUUACGCUGCCAAACAAACGCCGUCAAACAGCAGCAACAAUCGUCCGCCGCAACUCCUACACGAGCCAUGACUCCGAGGAUGAAGAACAUGGUAUCCUGGAUGACCUAGAGCCAUUGCGCAAGAAGCGCAGCACGCCGAUGGAGAUCGACGCGCGCAGGAUGAGUCUUGGGCCAGAGAUCCUCAUGACGCCGCAGAUGCGCAGCAUGCGGCUCAUCGGGCAGAGCAAUCCGCGAUACCACUGGCACAAGUACUACAAGAGCGAAGAUGAGCUGGCCAAGAUGAAGAAGCCCGUCCGCAAGUACUACGAGCGCAACAAUUUUCUUGUAGCCCAGUACCUGUACAUUGACCGGCUGCUCGACUCGUCGCUGCCGCACGACCUCAUCCAGGAAUACCAGCACUCAGCCCCCGCCGGAUACACGUCCAACAUGAACACGAUUUCCGAAGAGCCAACCAGCGCCAUCACUAUCAACGGCAGCGCCAACGACAACGAUAAUGGAGCGGCAAAGACCACCACCGACAAGACAUCCCCCGCGGAACCCAAAAUCAAACGCACCCCUAAGAACCUGUACAAACUGCCCGACGAAGCCACGCCAUUACUUGCAGACGGUGGCAACGGCAACGAAGACGUCGUGACCGACGAAGAAGCCGCCGAACUACAUCCAGAGAUCGACCUCACAGAUCUCGACGAGGGGGUGGAACUCGACGACCCUGUCGUCACACUAGCAAUCUACCUCAACCUCGCCGCCAACAUCGUUUUGUUGGCAGGCAAAAUCGCCGUCAUAAUCCUAACGUCCUCCCUCUCGGUACUGGCGUCCCUUGUCGACGCCGCUCUGGACUUCUUGUCCACAGCAAUUGUCUGGAGCACCACCAAGAUCAUCUCCCGACAGGACCAGUAUGCAUAUCCAAUCGGCCGUCGGCGUUUGGAGCCAGUUGGAGUGCUAGUCUUCAGCAUCAUAAUGAUAACAUCCUUCUUCCAAGUCAGUCUGGAAUGUAUCAACCGCCUCGCAAGUGGGGACCACCAGGUCGUGGAACUCGGUAUACCUGCUGUAGUAAUCAUGCUGAGCACCGUUGCAAUCAAAGGCUUCUGCUGGUUCUGGUGCCGUCUCGUCAAGAACAGCAGUGUGCAAGCGCUUGCCCAGGACGCCGCGACCGAUGUGGUCUUUAAUACCUUCAGCAUUAUUUUUCCGCUGGUCGGAUACUACGCGCAGGUAUGGUGGCUCGAUGCGCUGGGCGGGUUGUUAUUGUCUUUGUACGUCAUCUUCAAUUGGUCCAAGACAUCGAGCGAACAUGUGCGCAAUCUGUGCGGUGCCGCGGCGACGGCGGACCAGCGGAACGUUUUGUUGUAUUUGACGAUGCGCUUUGCCAAAACGAUCCGGUAUAUUCAGGGAUUGCAGGCUUAUCAUGCGGGGGACAAACUCAAUGUCGAGGUGGAUAUCGUUUUGGAUGAGAAUAUGAGUUUGAGGGAUAGUCAUGAUCUGGGUGAGAGUCUGCAGUAUGUGCUGGAGAGUGUGCCGAUGGUGGAUCGCGCGUUUGUGCAUGCUGAUUACGCGGGAUGGAAUUUGCCGAGUCAUAUGAAUCAGCAGAGCUGAGUUUAGACUCUAUAUCGACUUGGUCUGUUGGAUUGGCUGUAGAAAUGGUCGUGAGUGUUGUAUUACAUUACUUGAACCACGAACUUUUACUGGCCCGCACACUAUUACCCAUCGUAGGACUUGCACAAUGCUAACACCA